CUUAUGGAUUAGGUCAGGGGAGUCACAGGCUCCAGUCAGAGGGGGCAUCUGUCAAUCAGAUUCGUCAAGAGGAGAGAGUAGGCCCUCCUCCCAUUCUGUCCGUGAGUGUCAAGAGCGCAGGUCUUCAGUGGUUGCAGUUGGUUCCUGUGUGCUUUUUCGAGAUAAAAACAAAAAGGCAAAAUGAAUGAGAUAAGCAGGAGUGGCAAUACAACGGACAAACUGAACAUUGCUUCUGAAAUCCUAUCGACCGACCUGAUCACCAAAGUAGCUGACCUGAAAGCUUUGUUCUUGACUACACCGGAUGCAGACCUGUUUGUGUGGAUCGGCUACAUGGGGACGAUCAUCUGCGUGUUCAUCACCGUCGUCAUCUUCUACUUCGACUUCGUCUUGCCAGCCAUUGCCUUCGCAGGGCGCGGCCUAUCCUCCUACUCCUUCGGGCGUCUUGGUCAGGACCUAGGUCUACUGGCCCGCGUCGCCGACAGCACGGAUCCGCUGGAAGCCGCUUUCCUUUUAAUGAGGGUGGAGGAUGCGGCUUGCAAGAAACGCUACAUGUGCGAGGUGAACCAAGCAGCGGUUCGGAUUCCCCUCUUCGGAUAUUACAUGAACUUGAUCAGACCGACCAUCAAAGGCAAAUACCAGGCAGCUCAGGACGCGGGAAGCGCUUUAGAAGACUGCGCACUACUCUUCCGUGAAUGUUCCAAUAAUGUUAACAUUCAAGAACUUUAGAACACUGAUGAAUCCGGGCUUAUUUCGCAUUAUUUUCAUAUGAAAAUAAUCAAUGUAGCCUAUACAUUGAUAUUAUUAAGUUAACUUAUUUAUCUAUUUAUUUAUUUACUAGUUUUAGUUACGUAUGUUAAGGUCAAUGGAACAUUUUUUUAUUUGUCCAGUGAUAAACCUUUAAACUUGUGCAAGAUGAUAAAAGAAAAAAAAAUAUUACCAAUGCGACUCUUCCAUUUCAAUUAAGUAAUAUAUUUACACAAUCAAAACUCGAUGAUUCUGAUUUGUUGCGUUUUAGAUAUCACAGCAAAUCAGAUUCAUCAAAAUUAUGCCAGUUGAUGUGCUGACUUGUGAAAUGUCUUGUAAUUUAUUUGUUAAAUUUCAAGAAAUAAAUUCCUGAAA